GAAACGAAGAAAGUUCUGAAAUAAAAAAAUAUCCUCGUACAAAAUCUGGUAAUUUUUAUUCAAAUUGUAUUCGUAAUUUCGUUCAGUUCGUGGCAAUUUUGGAUUUACCAGACUCAAAUGGAAGAGUCGUAGCGGAUACAUUGGGCAUUCAGCAUGGUUCACACCGUGUGGAUUUUUUCGCCUGUGAUGUCACAAAGGAUGAGCAAGUACAUGCGAGCUUCGAUAAGAUCACACAAUUGUUAGGGAGCUUCGAUAUUCUCAUCAAUAGCGCAGGAGUUUUGACCAAUGGAGAAAAUUGGCAAAGCAUGAUAGAUGUGAAUUUCACUGGACUCGUACGUACGACGCUAAAGGCCAUCGAUUUAAUGGGUAAACACAGAGGUGGCAAAGGUGGCACAAUAGUAAAUAUUUCCUCCCUGGCUGGUCUGACACCUGUAAUUUAUUAUCCAAUUUAUGCUGCAACGAAACAUGCCAUCGUUGGACUUACCAAUAGUUUAGCGCUCAGUUACAAUGAAACUGGCGUUCGUAUGAUGCUGAUAUGCCCUGGCCGUACACACACUCCCUUCAUCACAAACUUGUACAACUUUGAAAAUCCACAUUUAAAUUUCAUUAACGUUAAUAGAGCGUUGAUGUGUUUGAAAACAGCGGGUAACCAACAGCCAGAGUGCGUGGCCAAAGCGAUAAUCCGGUUGAUGGAGAAAGAAGGAAAUGGCGCUAUAUGUUUGGUACACGAUGGGCAACCACCUUAUGUCGUUAAUGUUCAGACACUCGAUAGUUUAGUGAAGCGUCCCCUUUAGAGAUAAACUACAUCAUAUUUGCGAAAUCUAUAAGUAUAAAUCACGUAAAGUUUCUGUGAUUUCUUAUCCAUCGAUAAUACGAUAAUUUUAUUGAUCGUCGCCUUAAUAUUUGAUUUUAAUUAAUCGGUAUAUUUCGCGAUUGAUAACAAAUACAUUAAUACGUUAUUACAAAUUAUCCUAAAUGCAAAUGUAUCGAUCGAGCUUAUGGACUGGCAAAGUAAAAAUUUUCUAUAUUGUUUUGUGCAAAUAUUUUUAUAAAGUUCUGUAAAAUAAAAUAUUAGCAACUGCAAAAAUGGUAACAAGAAUGUCCUUUUUUCGUAAUGUGAUCUUCAUAACGUAAUUUUAUUUCAUCUUAUUCGUCCCUUACCGAUCAAAUCUAAUAAAAUGAUUACACCAUGAAUAUUUGUACAAAUUCACAUUUUUGCAAAUACUGACAGACAAGUGAAAGUUCAGUGCAAAUGUACUUUAUUUCAAAAAUAUUGUAUGAUGCGUUAUGAUCUUGUCAUGUGUUUACACGAAUCGCUAAAUUCCAUGAGAUACAAGAAUUUGAGAAAAAAAUUAAUUUUAAGCUGCAGUUACGUUAUUUACCAUAAAAAGUCUAUCGUAAUGGAGCACUUGCGAAGGAUCAAGUAAAUUCGAAUAAUAAUUGUUAAAAUCAUUAAGAAUCACUAUCCUAUUUGAAAUUGUAAACUAUAAGAAACUCGUAUAUUUAAUAUAACAAUCUCAUUAAAUAUGCUUUUUCUCUACAUUCGCAAAGUUUCCUCAUAAUCGGUUCAAAUAUCCUCGACAUUAAAUUUCUGGCUGUAUUUCUUCUCCUUUGAUUCUAGAAACGCCUUGAAUAAUCCCAUAUAUCAGAUUCAAAAUUUGAUCAAUUUCUUAUCUAAUUUACCUGUAAUUUUUUUCAUUCAGUUUUAAGUCGAAAGAUUACACAUAUACUUAUGUAACAAUCAGCUGUUUUUAAUGAGUAUACUCGUCAUAAAGAAAUGGCAAUAUUUUGUAUUACGACGAGCCUUGUCAGUAAUAAAAUUAAAAUGUAAAAUAGUCGUUUCAUUGUAACUAAAUUCUAUAUUGUAACAGUCACACGUACUCUGUGUUUGACGAGUAUACUCGUCGUCGCUUACUUUUCGCGACACGUUUUAGGUGCACGCUUUUCAAAGAGGUCGCAACACCAACCUAAAUGCGUACUUUCGCGAGCAAAUAAAUAUUUCCUGUAUAAUACUUCUCCUCUUACGCAGCGUUGUAACUCAAUAAAUCGACAGAAAUAAACACGGCGUUUGCGGAUACCAUGGCACCUCGUGCCGAAUUUUUUCUCCAUCGAUCGGCGUAUAAUU